GUCAGGUUUAGCGUAGGGGAAUUAGGGAGGGCUAACACCAGAGAGGACAGCUUCCCUUCGUCCCCAAGCAGUGAUUGUCUGACUGUGUGUCAGUAUACAUCUCCGGUGCCCUCUUCCUCCAGUCACCAACCACGGACUGAGGCCAGGAUCCCCUGUUCCCAGCCCCCACCACUGCCUCCCUCUGUCCCGGUCUCCCAGUGCACCCCUCAGACGCCGGGAGCGGCCGGCCACAUUUCCGUACCACACAGGAUCUUGGCUUGAAAGAGUGAUAAAAAAAAGUAAAAAAUGGGAGCCGGAGGAAGUGUCGAAGACAAGGCAUUAGCCGCAAAGUCCAAGGAGCUGGAAAAGCAGCUGGCGGAGGAUGCAGACAAAGAAUCCAAGACAGUCAAGCUUCUGCUGCUUGGUGCUGGUGAGUCUGGGAAGAGCACAAUUGUUAAGCAGAUGAAAAUUCUCCAUCAAGGUGGUUAUACCAAAGAAGAACAAUUGGAGUUCAGGGCGAUCAUCUAUGGUAACAUCCUGCAGUCUGCUCUGGCCAUCAUCAGAGGCAUGGAGAUGCUGACCAUUGACUUUGGAUCACCAAAAGGAAGUGAAGACGGGCAGAAGCUGUCCAACCUGUCAGACUCCAUUGAAGAGGGCUCAAUGCCCCCUGAGCUGGCUGAUGUCAUCAAGAGGCUGUGGAGUGACAGUGGUGUCCAGGCCUCCUUCGAGAGAGCAGCCGAGUAUCAGCUCAAUGACUCUGCUGGCUACUACCUUGGAGAAUUGGACAGAAUCACAAAGUCUGAUUACCUGCCCAAUGAGCAGGACGUGCUGCGUUCUCGAGUCAAGACAACCGGUAUUAUCGAGGAGCAGUUCUCCUGCAAAGAGCUGCAUUUCAGGAUGUUUGAUGUGGGCGGCCAGCGGUCGGAGAGAAAGAAGUGGAUCCAUUGUUUCGAGGGUGUAACCUGCAUCAUCUUCUGCGGAGCUCUCAGUGCUUAUGACAUGGUGCUCGUAGAGGACGAUGAAGUGAACCGUAUGCAUGAGUCUCUCCACUUGUUCAACAGUAUCUGCAACCACAGGUUCUUCGCCACCACCUCCAUUGUGCUCUUCCUCAACAAGAAGGAUCUUUUUGAAGAGAAGAUCAAAAAGGUCCACCUCAGUAUCUGCUUCCCAGACUACGAUGGCCCCAACACAUAUGAUGAUGCCAGUGACUACAUCAAGAAGCAGUUUGAGGAGCUGAAUAUGAAGAAGGGUGUCAAAGAAAUCUAUUCCCACUUGACCUGCGCCACGGACACAAAGAACGUGGAGAUUGUGUUCGGAGCCGUGACAGACAUCAUUAUCAAAGAGAACCUAAAAUCUUGCGGUCUGUUCUAAGCAGAUACACAAAGAGAUUGUAUUUUUCCCCUCUUCCCUUCACUUGGAUUCAUGUUGAAGUUGAGCAGUAGGAACAGAAGGCACAACAGAAGGCUUUGUAAUGUCAUAAGACUCUUCAAUUCUACACUAUCCCUUCAUUCCUAACUCCCAACACCCUAAAUUAUGGGUAAUGAAGGAAAAUACUAAUAAUAAUAAGAAAACAGCCCAAAACUUACUCCAAAGGGAGUCAACACACAUGUCCAACAAAUCGAACAAAGAUGGCAAUAUGUUCUUCACGGAGACAAUGUGGAUGAUGUCCUUUAGAUGGAAAUGUGGAUAAGAAGUCAGAAGAACAACCGAAUGAACACGUUUGAUAUAGGUACUUUAUUAGAUAUUCUGGGGUUAUUUCUGGCUCUUAAAUGGUUUGUGUUGAAGAAAGUGUAGAAAGCUGCUCAUGGAAUCCAAUUGAUAAACUUAUGAAAGGAUACAUUUUGAAGUGAUCCAUCUUACUCAACAUGGUCAGAGUGAAGUCCUUUCCAAUUACACUGUUCUUGCCCAAUGAUUUUUAAUGGUUAUAUCUAGUUCUGUUUGGAUAUGCUUACUGUUUCGCACCAGAUGUAACACAGUAAAAAGUUAUUCAGCUCAUUUCAAUCAGCGAGUUCAAAUAGCUGAAAUUUAAGAAAAAAGUACCAUCAAAACAAGUUAGCAAUGUAUUUUGUAAAUAGGGGACCUUAAACAUUAAUAUUCGAAUACGUUAUGACAAUGUUCAACAUCAGUGACAUGUUUAGUGAUGUGCAUGUAUAUUCCAUUUUGACUACUGACAAAUGAACCUGUAACUGACCGGUCUUGUGAAAGAUAAACAUUAAAAAUAAAAAUGUAUACAUAGCAA